AUAUGACGUCCAUUAAUAAUAAUAAACUAACCGUACUGUUGGCUCCGUGCAACUAUGUCGGUCCUAUGAUGGCCAGUAUCGGUAUGGCCGAAGUACUGCGAGAUGCCGGCCAUCGACCAGUGUUUGCCGUCAAACGUGAUUGGAUUCAAAAGAUUCAACGGUUAAACUUUGACAUCGAGCUUCUGGAGGAACCGGAAUCGACUGCUGACACCGCCGAUAGUUCAGCGGUGGUUAUGGAUUCGGCCGACAAGAAUGUGGCCGACAAUGAAAAAAUGUUAACCAAUAGGACACCAAUGGAACAAUUGAUAUCAGUGUUUACCAAUUUUGUCGACGAACUUAUAGCCGAUAUGGAGACCGAACAGCCCUAUCUCACGAGUAUUAUUGCCAAAGUCAGGCCCAAUGUCAUCAUAAUUGAUCACAUUUUGGUCAAUCCGACGAUUUACAACUCACAGGUGCCCUAUAUUAUGAGCUACAGUAGUAAUCCAUUGAAUUUGGACACCUGUAUAGAGGAUAAACGUCUACCGCCGGGAGCAUUAGGACUGUCCGUAAACGGCGAUAAUAGCAAUUGGGAAGUCUAUAGACAACAAGCAAAAGAUUCACGUCUAGACAGUUGGUAUCGAUAUAGAGAUUGGCUACAGAAAUAUGGCUGUCCGGUAACGGAUAAAUAUCAACUAUUUUAUCCGUCCCCCUACGCAACCAUCUAUAUGUAUCCCAAAGAGCUGGACUAUACCGAUGUGAGACCACUUCCCGACACGUUUCAUGGUUUUGACAAUUUUAGGCGUACGGGUAAUGAGGAUGUGUUUGAAGUACCGAAACAGUUGAGUCAAAGAUCAGGAAAAUUGGUUUACCUGUCGUUGGGAUCAUUGGGCAGUGGAAAUGUCGAUCUAAUGAAACGUUUGGUCGCUAUUCUAGCCAAGUCUGAGCACAGAUUUAUUGUGUCCAAAGGUGUCAAACACGACAAGUAUGAGUUGGCGGACAACAUGUGGGGCGAAAGGUUUGUACCACAGGUUAAGGUGUUGCCUAUUGUCGACCUAUUCAUAACACACGGAGGAAAUAACUCGUUUACCGAAUGUAUGUCUUUCGGUAAACCAAUGAUAGUGUUCCCACUGUUUUUCGAUCAGUUCGAUAACGCACAGAGAGUUGAGGACAAGGGUUACGGUAUACGACUCAAUCCAUACGAGUGCUCUGAACAACAAUUACUUCAAUCAAUUGACAAACUAUUAAAUGACAAACAAUUGAUUGAAAAAUGUAAUAAAAUUGGACAACGAAUACAAAAUGAAAAAAAUAAUGAAAAAUUUGUGAAAUUAGUCGAAAAUGUUAGUAAACUAAAAAAGUAA